AUGAGCAGAGAUCACUGCUUUAACAACAUCACCGGCACACGGAUCCCAAAAGGUGAAAAAGCGGAGGCCCUUGUGCAGACUGGGCCUUGCGGACGGCGAGCGCCUCCACACCUGGCAGUCAUGGUGGCAGCCAUUCUCGCGGCGCUGGAGGCUCCGGCAGUGGAGGCAGCGGUGGCGGAUCGCGCGGCAGCAGCCACAGGGGUGGCGGCCAGCGUGGAGGUCAUGAGUACGUUGUUGGCGCCGCGUGUGCAGUUGUUGGCGCCGUGUGCGCAGUUUUGGCGCAAGCGUGUGCAGUCGUUGGCGCUGUGUGCGCAGUUUUGGCGCCCGCGUGCGCAGUUGUUGGCGCCCGUGUGCGCAGUUUUGGCGCCCGCGUGCGCAGUUGUUGGCGCCCGUGUGCGCAGUUGUUGGCGCCUGCGUGCACAGUUGUUGGCGUCCGCGUGUGCAGUUGUUGGCGCCCCCCCCGAAGACUUGCCAGCCCCCAAACGGCCCGCACCGGGCCCCAUCCCUGCCCGUCGGCCAAAGCUGGACCCCGCACCAGUUCCGGCAAGUCUGGCCACGCAUCGGAAACAACCAGCCCGCCCCGCGGUGGCGCCAGAAGGUGUGAAGGUUGAGGCCCCGGGUGAAUUCUGGGAAGAUAAAGGGGAGUUUUCUUGUCCUACUUUCGACAACGCCUCGGGAUCUCGGUCGACUCCAGUAGCGGGUCCGCCUUCCGUGCCGCCCCAGAUGAGGGGACGCCUCUCGGGCAAGAAAGGCGCUUGGAAGGCUUGGGUCGUGAACGCGCUGGUCAUCUCGUGGAUCACGUCGGGUUUCCCACUCCGUUGGGUCUCCAGCCCUCCCCCCCAGCACUCCGGCCGCAAUCACGCUUCGGCAACUGCCAACACCGCGUUCGUGGACAAAGCCGUAGCAGAUCUGGUGGCGUCGGGCACAGCCCACUUAGAUGCCCGGGCUGAGGCUCUUUUGGUCGCUCUUGGCGCGGAGGCGGACACGGAGCUCUCCACCUUGGCGACUCAGUUUGCCCAAGUGGCCGGUCAGACACUCGCCCCGCGGACAUCCAAUGAUUACGCGCGGUCUUGGGAACCCUUCCGUGAGUGGUGGGUGGCCAGGCAACUGCCCGGAAGCAUCUAUGACACCCCGGGUGAGGCGGUGGCGCUCUAUCUGCUCUCCCUGCUGAACUCGUCCAAGGAAGAUAAGGUGGGGCCUGGACGGGUUCGUACAGCGAGUGCAGCAAUCAGCUCCCACUUCCGCCUAGCCGGCAGAGCGCCCCCUACAGAGCACCCUGCCUGCAGCAUCGUCCGCGACCUCGCCGAAAAGCAACUCCAAGGCCGUAAGCUGGAACGCGACACCCUGGAGCCGGCGGACGUCAUGGCGCUGGCCUGGCUGGUCGGUGGGCCGGAGCCGCCUCUCGACCAACUCAUGACCGUUACGGCCGUCAUGGUCAUGUUCGCGGGGUUCUUUCGGUUCGAUGAUGCUGCGGAGAUCAGCGUUCACAAGGACCUUCUGGUUAUCACGGCAACUGGGAUGGAUGUUUUCAUCCCUCGAUCCAAGACUGAUCAGCAGAGACAGGGUCACUGGGUUCCCAUCGCCCGCGUCGGCGGUGCCGCUUGCCCCGUGGGCCUGACAGAGCGCCUCCUCACCCUAGGAGGGUACAAACGCCGCCCAGACACGCCAGACGAGGACGUCGGGCCCCUUUUGCGACCGGUCCAGUGGAACAGGGCCGGGGGGUACUUGUCAGGCCCCCUGACAGGCACGGUGGCCCAGCCGAUCCACUCCCUGUCGUACCCUGCCUUCUGCCACCGGCUCAACAAGACCCUGCAGGCGGCGGGGAUCACCCACCGCAUCACUGCGCAUUCCAUGCGCAUAGGAGGAAAUAGCACUGCCGCCGACCGCGGUGUGCCUGCGGACCUGCGCAAAGCGCACGGCCGGUGGCGCAGCGACGCCAUGGUGCAGCACUACACACGGCGCGACGGGGAGGCGAAACUCUCCGUCUCCCGCAGCCUGGGCCUCGCCAGUGAGCAAAUGUCUCUUCGGUCUGCUGUGUAA